AUGGACCUGAUACAACAUGGAUCCGUAAAAUAUCAGGUUUCUGCACAGUUAGAUUACGAGGACUUUGAAGAUUACGUCCAGUAUUCUGAAAAUAAUGUUAAUAAUAACUUCUUGGAAGAGAAUGAGAAAAUAGAAGAUCAUUUUAUCAACAGAGUCAAAAGAUACGAAGAUAUUCGUGCUAAACUUCAAACCCUUAAUCCAGAAAAAACGAUAUUGAUAAAAGAUGCACUAUACAAAUAUUUAGUCGGUCACAGUAAUGAAAAUGACCUUAAGAGUUCGUUAUCAGAAGUUUUACAAAAUCAAAAUGAGGUAUCAAAUUCAGUAAGGAAUAAACAACAGUCAAAAUAUAAUUUCUUUGAUAGUAAUGUUGAUCAAGAGUUAAAUUCCACCUGGAUUGAUAUCGAUUUAGAAUCUGAAGAAAGAAAUUAUACUGGAGUUAUACCCAUCUUUAAGGAGACAAAGACAAACCCAGAGCCUCUAGACAACGCUACAUCAUUAUUAAUUAUGAACGAUACAAUAUACCGUAGUGAUUCUAUACCACACAUCACACUUGCUACAAUUCCUGCAAAUAUAACCAAUUUUAGUGAUACAAAAACGCCGUUCCCUGAAACAACAACUUGUUGCAAAGAAUCAACUAACGAUAUAUACGUAGGAAUAUCACAGUUGGCAGCCAAUGAAUACAAACCUACUUAUAGGGAGUUUAAUGAUGAAGUACCAAGUACUGCACAUCCAGAAAAUAUUAACAGAACAAUAGAUACAUCUCUUGUAUCAUUUCACGAAAAACCUGUUAUGAAUGCUAUUUCAAUGGCCUAUGACAUAAUUGAAGCUUUAAAAGUAGUACCAUUGGCACAGAAAAAUAUAACCCACUCAAAAUUAUUAACUAGGUCAUUUGAAGAAAAAGGUGAAAGACAAGAAGAAAAGAAAGAUGUGAUUGACGUUUCAAAAUUUUUAGAUUUGAUAUCAAACAUAAGUGACGCAAAUUUGUCGCAGAAUUAUCGUAGAGCGUCUCAAAGUUCUGCACCGUCAUGUUCAUACAUGUAUCCUCCUAAUUACGGAACGUCACCAAAGGAUGAGUUUGCUGAUUACGACGCUAACUAUACUGGCACAUUGGUGACCAAGUGCUAUGUUUGCGGAUUAGAAGAGAAAAAGAUUCCUCGUAAUACACAUUGUGCAGAUGCUUUCUCAGACGACCAUUCGUACAGGAAAUAUAUGUACAAAUUUCAGAAGUAUUGCCGCUAUUAUGAACACGUGAAAAAUUAUUGUGUCACUUCACACGACCAAAAGUCGAUAUGGGGACACUUUACUGGAGGGUGCUCUUGGCGCAUGAUAGACAUUAGUGAUAUCUACACACAAAGGACCUGCAGGAGUCGCCAGAAACCCAUCAUGGGCCGACACUUUGCAAGUCAUCGAAUGGCCAAACUCGAACUGACUCUUGCUGGUAUGGAAGACGGUUGUAUUACGAGUCCAAGCGCGUCGCUGGUGCCUCUGUCACGCAGCGUUUCUCUGUACGCUCGUUUCAUUGCUUGUGUGUGUACAGGAGAUUUCUGCAAUGCUGAAGAUCAUUUUAUCAACAGAGUCAAAAGAUACGAAGAUAUUCGUGCUAAACUUCAAACCCUUAAUCCAGAACAAACGAUAUUGAUAAAAGAUGCACUAUACAAAUAUUUAGUCGGUCACAGUAAUGAAAAUGACCUUAAGAGUUCGUUAUCAGAAGUUUUACAAAAUCAAAAUGAGGUAUCAAAUUCAGUAAGGAAUAAACAACAGUCAAAAUAUAAUUUCUUUGAUAGUAAUGUUGAUCAAGAGUUAAAUUCCACCUGGAUUGAUAUCGAUUUAGAAUCUGAAGAAAGAAAUUAUACUGGAAUUAUACCCAUCUUUAAGGAGACAAAGACAAACCCAAAGCCUCUAGACAACGCUACAUCAUUAUUAAUUAUGAACGAUACAAUAUACCGUAGUGAUUCUAUACCACACAUCACACUUGCUAUAAUUCCUGCAAGUAUAACCAAUUUUAGUGAUACAAAAACGCCGUUCCCUGAAACAACAACUUGUUGCAAAGAAUCAACUAAUGAUAUAUACGUAGGAAUAUCACAGUUGGCAGCCAAUGAACACAUACCUACUUAUAGGGAGUUUAAUGAUGAAGUACCAAGUACUGCACAUCCAGAAAAUAUUAACAGAACAAUAGAUACAUCUCUUGUAUCAUUUCACGAAAAACCUGUUAUGAAUGCUAUUUCAAUGGCCUAUGACAUAAUUGAAGCUUUAAAAGUAGUACCAUUGGCACAGAAAAAUAUAACCCACUCAAAAUUAUUAACUAGGUCUAAAGCCGAUCAUACAUUUGAAGAAAAAGGUGAAAGACAAGAAGAAAAGAAAGAUGUGAUCGACGUUUCAAAAUUUUUAGAUUUGAUAUCAAACAUAAGUGACGCAAAUUUGUCGCAGAAUUAUCGUAGAGCGUCUCAAAGUUCUGCACCGUCAUGUUCAUACAUGUAUCCUCCUAAUUACGGAACGUCACCAAAGGAUGAGUUUGCUGAUUACGACGCUAACUAUACUGGAACAUUGGUGACCAAGGUUCAGCGCCAAUAUAAGUGGAAAGUAAGGUCACCUGCUUGUUAUCUUUCCAACUGA